AUGCAGCUCGUUAACGGAGGGAAGCCAAAAAAGCCGAAAUGUUGGGAAAGACAAGGUCUUGCAUCAAUAGAAGAUUUUAAAAUGGCAUCCGGUGGCGAGAUUGUCAAGGAAAUGAAGCAGGUUGUCAUAGAGGAAAGUAAUUCCAAGGACGCUGAUGGUAAUAGCAAUGCUGCAGCGGCAGUUCAGAAUGUGGAGAAGUAUCGAAACGAUAUCUUGGCAAUAAAAGGAUUACACCUGCCUUCAAUGCCCCGCCUAUGGUCAAAAAAGCUUUACAAAUGA